AUGGAAAGUCAAACUGUUCGUCUCGUUGUUGUUGGAGAUGGUGCUGUGGGUAAAACAUGUCUCUUGCACGUCUUUGCUGAAGGUGUAUUCCCUGAAAAGUAUAUCCCAACAAUUUUCGAUAACUAUUCAUCAGAAAUUGAACUCAACAAUCAAACCAUCAAGUUUUUAUUGAUGGAUACUGCUGGACAAGUAAGUACGAACCUUAAUAGACCACUCUCCUACCCUGACGCUAAUGUAUUCUUGUUGUGUUUCUCCAUCGACAGUCCAACUUCUUUGGAAAACGUAAAGAAUAAAUGGGUUCCAGAAGUUAAAAAGCACAGACCAAAUUGUCCUUACAUUCUCGUAGGAACCAAGGCGGAUAUUAGAAACGACAAGAACAUGUUGGCCAAACUCAAGGAUCAAGGUGUUGAACCAGUCUCUGUUGAAGCAGCAAACCAAAUUUGCAAGUCAAUCAAAGCUGUUAAAUUUAUGGAAUGUAGUGCCAUGUUGAAUGAGGGUGUGAGAGAAGUUUUCGAAGAAGCUCUCUAUAAUGGUAUGUAUCCUCCAACAGAGAAGACACAAGAAAAGAAGCCAGGCAAAUGCACUUUGCUUUAA